AAGUGUUUCAUACCAGGUCCGCUUUGAAUGUAUAAGUAUCGGCUGAUUUAGUAAUCUAGUACAGUUCUAACUUGUAAGCUUUUUGUCGGAGUUUUGUUGGUAGUGAACAUCUUGUCACAAAAUGACUGAACAAGCCAAAGCUAAGAAAAAGGCUGCGCCUAAAAAGCCAGCAUCUCAUCCUACUUACAUUGAGAUGAUCACUGCUGCCAUAGGUGCUUUGAAAGAAAGAAAUGGUUCCAGCGGAUCGUUCAAAUUGAACCAGGCUGCAGCCAAGGCAGAUGCUGCUGCAAAGGCAAAGAAAGAAAAAGCUAAGAAGAAAGCAGUAGCAGAUAAAGAAAAGAAAGCAGCAAAGAAAGCUACCAAAAAGGCUAAGAAACCAGCUGCCAAGAAGGCUAAAAAGCCAGCGAAGAAGGCUUCCAAGUCACCAAAGAAGGCAAAAAAAUCGGAGAAGAAAGCGGCCAAGCCAAAGAAGGCCAAGUCUCCCAAGAAGGCCAAGUCUAAAAAGCCAAAGGCAAAGAAGGCUACCAAGUCUCCAAAGAAAUCUAAGAAGUAGACGGUGUAUUUCUCAACCCAAACGGCUCUUUUCAGAGCCACUAUUUAAACAAAAGAGAACGAUAGCUUUUCUGUUCACAGAAAUAAGAUGAGUUUACAGUAUCCUAAGUAUUAAUAUGAUUUAAGUUGUUACAUUUUUCACAGAUACAUCUGAAUUUUUAAAUUUAGAUAUUUUUUAUUUUUAACAUUAUAAAUUACCUAGCGUCCUGAUUAGUACAAACUUUUCCUUAAAAAUCACACUUGUAUUUCACAUUUCAUUUCAAAAAUAUCUUGUGACAAAACACUAAUGUUGUUCAAAUAUAAUUACAGUAUCGAUGACAAGAGGUUCAAAUAACGGCUUCUUAAUACAUAAGUCAUUUCUUAAUACUGUACAGUAUUUAUAUACAAUACAGUAGAUUUUUCUACACAAAUCUGCAACUCCGUCCACUUCAUGCUGAUUAUCAUUUGUGACAUGUAUCACCCGUAUUUUUUAUUAUACAGCUUGACUUUAAAUGUGUAUAUGGCGAGUAGUGGGGAGGUGUUUACCUUGAUUGGAUUCUAUUUACUCAUGAAGUCGUAUAGCUAUAGUAGUAUUAACUGUUCCCUAGUAGUAGUACUGUACUGUAUGUGGAUUUGCAUUCACACAAUCACAAUUUCUGCAUUAUAUUUUAUAUUCCCAAGGUUCAAUCCCACUGUAUGUGUACAGUAUUGGAAGAUUUAAAUCUCAACCCACAACUCCCCAAAACAAUAUCCUAAUAAAUAGUACUUGUCUGAUAAGCAAUGUUUGAUCCAGAGUUUUUUUGUUUUUUUUUAUAUAUGUUUGUGCAACUUAUUAACAGUUGUUUCCCCCUCGUAUAAGUGAUGACAAGUAUACAGUUUUCAUAUACGUUUAGAAAACAAGAGAUUACAACUGUUAUUAUAUCGUAGUUUAUAAACAGAUACUUGUUUUGGCGGAAAACACCAAAUAGGAAUUAAUCUACAGACUACACGGCGGAAAACCCCCGCCAAAAGGAAAGGAAGUUCAUUAAAAUAUGGAACUAGUUUCAAAAGUACAA